AUGCUAGGGAAUAGUAGAUAAUAAUACUAGUACGUAAGAAUGAGCAAUGAAAGAAGUAUAAUUUUACUUGGGAAUACUUGGAUAUGAAGGCAGCAUUCUCAUCGUCCGCGGCUGUUUAAAAGACACAACAAACAAAUAUCCUCGGGAAAAAUCCGCACGUUGCACGUUUGGCCUGAACGUUUCAAUUUCUAUUUGAUUGAUUUGAAUUUUCAAAGCACAGUACAUAUUGAAUAUACCUCCAAUUUGCUUCUUUCAAAAUUAGAGAGAAUAGAUUUGAAUUUCAACGUCUAGGGUUCUGAUUGUCAUGGCGAAUUCAAUGGUGCUCGACAUUUCUUCAGACGAAACAUCUGAGGAGGUUUCAGAAUGCUCGGAUUAUGUCCCUGAUACAGAUUCAGAUGUGCUGGUCGUAUCCUCCAGCGAUGAUAGUGAUGAUGAUGAAGAUCAAAGUGGUGAAAGUGAUGAUGGUGAAUAUCAAAGCGAUGAAAGUGACAGAGAGGCAGAAGAGGAAUCAAUUGAAAAGGAGGGAAACAAGAAUGCCGAAACAGAGGAAGACCGAUAUGAUAAAGUCAUGAAGUUGUUGACCAAGGGUGGUGAUUUGAAUGGACUAAAAUUGGAAGAAAUCAAAGCAUAUUUGCGUAAGCAUGGACUGAGGAUAACUGGUACCAAGUCAGUUUGUAUUCAGCGUGUGCAUGAGCAUAGGAAGAUCAAAGAUGGGGGUGGUCAAAAAGCUUAUCCAAAAUCGUCAUUUGUCAUCAAUUGCAGAGGUGAUGUUUGUACUGGGGAUAUUGUUUUAUUCACACAGAAGGUUUAUGAAAAAUAUGAUCUUGCAUCAAGAGGUGGCGCACAAAAUCCUAUUGGUAGACGUACUAUAGCAGGAAAAGUUGUGAAGGAAAGCUAUGGUGCAGCCAAGCAGCAGCAUACUUUUACUGUUGAAAUCCUAUGGAGCAUAGGUGUGAAGCCUUUGCCCCCACUUUAUCCAUUGCUUAUCAAGGGACGCAACUUGUACCGUAUGCGAACAUAUCGACAGCCUUGGCCAAAUGAAGCAGAGAGAGAAAAAGUUUUGGCAGAGAAACAUGCAAGAGGUGCUGAAGCUAGAAGUGUAAGAACCGCUGCAAGGGUGAAGUAUGGAAGUACAGGUCAUAAACAUUCUCAAAAUUCUUGUAAGUUUGAAUCACCUUCAAAGCGACGCAAAGUGGAGAAGUUGAACAACCACAGUACAUCGCAGAAGUCUUCUUGGAAGGAGGCAGCAUGUUCCAACACACAAAGGCCACUAAACCAAAAAGGUCGAGCCAAAAGCAAUGAAUGUCCAAGCUUUCUUGCUGCACCUGUGAGGAAUGUAGCAGUCUCGGAGGCACGUGUAGCUGUCAACCAUCAAGCUCAAAAUAUCAAUGCUAGAAGGAAUUCUUCUUUUACACCGAGAUUUAGUCAUGGAUAUAAUCAUUUCUAUGCAAAUGGUUUCCAUAAACAACAAAUGGAUAUUGCCUUUAGAAAUCAGAUUAUGCAUCACCAUCCAACCAAUCGAGAGGAACAGUCUCUGCACAAAUUUCGUCCAACGGUGUCCUAUCCAUUCGAUUCAAACAUCAGAAGAGUAACAGUUGAUCCCUAUGUAAACUUAUCAUCGGCUGGGAUGUCACAAAAUCUAGUUAGAAGUGACCACUUUGUUCCCUCAUUUCAUCAUGGGAAUCCAAGGGAAGAAUGGACACGUAUAUCUGGAAUGAUGCCCCCACCACAAGUUAUUAGUAGACCAAAUGUAAUGGGGCAACAACAAAUUCCUGCUGAUGUGACAAAAAUGUGGGUUCCUAAGAAUAAACCUGCACGAUCAGUUAAUUGCUCCUUUUCUGGUUGUCGUGAUCUGGCUGCCAAGGACUGCGUAAAUUCUUCCUGUUCUCAGUGCUGUAGAAGAAUUGGAAGAAGAUGCAAACGGCAUAAUAUGUCCUGAAUUUUUUCAAUUCAGUGUGUGAGGUUUGUUAUAGUUGAAGCCACUUGAAACAAGAAUUUGAGAAUUGCUUUGGCAGAGCCACAAAUAUCACAACUAUUUUGCCGCUCAAAAUUUUAGCAAGUGUACAUCCAGUUUAUAUUUGUCCUAUAUGAUACAGAUUUAUCUGCUAAUUUUUUUUCCUUAUGACGUAUUUGUCUAAUCCAUAUUUCAUUUGUAAUAUGGUAUAGCAAUCAAUAGUAUGAUAUGUGAAGCUAGAGUACUUAUCUA